GUUGCUCCGCUCGGCGCGAAGUUGCAGUCUGCGGCUCUUCCCCCGUGAGGCGGCGGCGGCGCGGCCGGAGCCGGGAUGGGGUGCGCGAUGGCGGCGCGGCGGGAAGGCUCGCGCGCCCUGUUGCUGCCGCUGGUACUGGCUGUGGCGUGCGCGGCGCGCAGCGCCGACGGGCCCAGCAACAUGUCCUACGUGAAGGAGACGGUGGACAGGCUGCUUCAGGGCUACGACAUCCGCCUGCGGCCCGACUUCGGAGGUCCGCCCGUGGAUGUGGGCAUGCGGAUAGAGAUCGCCAGCAUCGACGUGGUCUCCGAAGUCAACAUGGACUACACCCUGACUAUGUACUUCCAGCAGUCCUGGAGGGAUAAAAGACUCUCUUACUCUGGAAUACCUUUGAACCUAACUCUGGACAACAGAGUGGCUGACCAGCUCUGGGUGCCGGACACGUAUUUCCAAAACGACAAGAAGUCAUUUGUCCAUGGGGUGACGGUGAAAAACCGAAUGAUUCGACUCCAUCCAGAUGGAACAGUCCUUUAUGGCCUACGGAUCACAACAACAGCUGCUUGCAUGAUGGAUCUACGCAGAUAUCCUCUGGAUGAACAAAAUUGCACACUAGAAAUUGAAAGUUAUGGAUACACUACUGAUGAUAUUGAAUUUUACUGGAAUGGAGGAGAGUCAGCAGUAACAGGAGUUGAUAACAUUGAACUCCCACAAUUUUCUAUCAUUGAUUACAAGAUGGUAUCAAAGAGAGUGGAAUUUACAACAGGAGCAUAUCCUCGAUUAUCACUGAGCUUCCGGCUUAAAAGGAACAUUGGAUACUUCAUUUUGCAAACCUAUAUGCCUUCCACACUCAUUACAAUUCUUUCGUGGGUGUCUUUUUGGAUCAAUUAUGAUGCCUCUGCAGCCAGAGUUGCCCUAGGAAUCACAACUGUGCUGACCAUGACCACCAUCAGCACCCACCUCAGGGAGACCUUGCCAAAGAUUCCCUACGUAAAGGCAAUAGAUAUUUACCUGAUGGGGUGCUUUGUGUUUGUGUUCCUGGCCUUGCUGGAAUAUGCCUUUGUAAACUACAUAUUCUUUGGGAAAGGACCUCAACGUCAAAAAUACGCAGGAAGGAGAGCAGGACAUGCUAUAGGCAAGAAGAGCAGACUGGAAACAAGUAGAGGCCAGCAACCACACAAUUACAACCAAGCAUCAUUAACUGAGUCAUCAUGUCCUCAGUCUCACUGAACUCAUGAGCCCAUUAAAAGCCCUUUCCUGCAUUCGCCUCCUGUCCCAGUGUGUAGGAGAUCCUUUAUUACAGUGGGUGCAUGAAUUCCGUUCAGGCUUGAAGCAGUCUCCAAGGUCCCACAGAGUAUUGUCCUCCACAGAGCAGAGGAGAUAAGCCACCCUGUUACGGGUUGUUGUGUGCAGACACUAUCUAUCCGUUUCUGUGGAAGUUAAGGAAGCAGAAAAAACAGCAAAACACGCAAACUCUAACCAGCCACCUCAACAGCUCUGGAGAUAACCCAGCCUAGGUGAGAAGAAGCACAGCAAGGAUUGAUGAUGAAGAGGGAAGCAACACUUCUUCAGAGGUCAGCCUUGGCUACCUGAAGCCCUAGUGCACAGAACUAAGGGUGAGAAAGUGUAAAGGAUAAGAUGCAGGUAAGCUCUUUUUCCUACACAUUUGGAGACUUCUUUUAACUAAAAGAAAAGCCUUAACUCGUGACUAAAAGCUUCUGUCUAAAUGCUACACUGACGAAGAUUAUGCUGAGACCAGUACUCAGAACGGGUUGGAAAGUAUUUACAACCACACUUUAAUUUUUCAGAGCACCACAUUCACUCACCAGCAUUUUUCUGACAGAAAACCGAAGGCAUACACGCUUUGUAACAGGAUUUGUAAGAGUUCACACUUCAGACUGAAAUUCCAUUCUGAGGCUGUGAAUGUUUUAGGUGAACUGACUGCUUUUUGCCUGUGCAGUGCAAGUUUGUGAUUUUAGAUACACAUAUAUAUAUAUAUACACAUAGACACACACAUGUGAAUGGAUAUCAAUGGAUUUUGCUAGCCCACUGGAGAUAACAUUGAUGUGGGACCCAGUCAGCAUUCAUUUUACUUAGCAUGGAAGUGCAGAUGUCCAACAGCUGUAUUUCUAUCUUCAGCAGGAAGAAUGCACAUGACCAGAGCAGUGGGACAUGGUAAGGUUAUGAGACCUCUAAUGAAGCCAGCUCCCAGCCCCUUGCCUUCAUGUUCUGAGAAUUUCCACUGGUGGCAUGAUACUGCUACUGGAACACGGGAAAGAUUUUUUUGAGCACAAAGGAAGUACAGCUGUAAGUAUAUACAGCUAUAGGGUAACUUUUUCCUUUUACUAUUGACCCAUACUACUUAUCCUUUCAGGGACCUCUAAGCAAUAGAAGAUAUGUAACGGUGCUUCUCCUCCUUGUGCCAGGUGAAGAUAUUUCUUGUUGCCAUCUGACAUACAUGACUAAAAGAAUUCAAAUUCCUUCGUCAGAUUACAAAAGCCUGAGAUGUGAGCAACACUCAGCAAACUAACUGUGAUAUUAACACAGUAUAGAGAAGCCCAGGUGGAAAAGGAAACCAUACUGCUGUUUCACAUGUGGCUGUUCUUG